CAUCAUGGCUGCUGUGUCAUCAUCUAGCGGUGAAUCAUCUUUGACCCCACCUGACCACAACGAUGGGGCUGCUGCUCCACCUGCCCUUGAUGAUUCAACACCGGAAGAGGGCCUUCAGGUGCACAUUCACCUGGACCUUGAUUCUGAAACGGGAAUGCGACAGGCUAGAGCCCUGCUAUCAGCUAUCUUCAGUGAUACUCCUCAAACUGCUGCCACUGCUGCCGUCCCCCCAGUUCCAGCAGUUGCAGCUCCUGUUGCCCAAGCUGCUCCGCCAGCUCCACCCAUGGUUGCACCACCAGCUGUCCCAGCUCAAUUUAAUUUUCCGGGACUAGCUGUGGCAGCACCACAGCCAGCAGACAAUGCAUCAGCCCUGCAACAGCUACUGCAGCUGGGAGUUGGAGUUACCCCGAGGCGUCGUCCUGGCAGACCAAGCAGGGCGGAGACAGAAUUCCGAGCUAUGAUUAACAACAUCACCUCUCAAGCUCAGUCGCAAGCUCAGGUCCAAGCUCAGAUCCAAGCCCAGAUCCAAGCCCACAUUCAGGCAGCGGCCCAGCCAUCAGCCCAGCCACCAGCCCAAGCCCAGCCACCAGCUCAGCCUUCAGCCCAGCCUUCGGCCCAGUCACCUGCUCAGCGCCCACCUCUGCAUUUUCCCAUGCUUUGUAAUCUGUGUGGGCGAUACCAGGCUGACGUAUUAGUGCGCCAAUGUGGACAUAUUGUUUGCAGGUCUUGCAUUGUCCCAUACCUAACUUUGAGGCCAGUGUGCCCGGUGCAAGACUGUAAUAUGCCGUGCAACAUGGCAACAGACCUGGUGCCUAUUUCAGCUCGCUAAUGUUGUCGGACGUUAUUUAAAGUAAAGUGCUUCUAUGACGGAUUUAGUUCAUGUUUGCUGCCUUUUUUUCUCUAUUUUCAAGUCUCUAGGCUUUAAUUGAUUGCUUAUUCUUGCAUUAAGCUGUUUUGUAUCAUGUUACUUUAUUUUGUGAGUGAACUCAUUUCUCUUUUCAUGUGAUUUUACC